AGCAGUCAGCUUCUCCUCCUUAUAAGUGCAUCUCCACAUUUGGUUCUCAAUCAUCAUCCCUUUCCUAUUCCUUUUUCUUGAUUGUUUCCAUCUUUUUUGCACUUGUCCGAAGAUACCGGAAAAGAUAUGGGCACGACCACUGUCAAGCUCUUCCUUAUGGCUCUUGCCAUCUUCUGUGGUGCAGCAAUUGCCACCGAUCCUGACAUGCUUCAGGACGUUUGUGUCGCUGAUCUCGCUUCAGAUAUCAAAGUCAAUGGCUUCCCUUGCAAGGCAACCUUCAACGCGACGGACUUCUCCUCUGGUGCGUUGGCCAAGCCUGGGCUCACCAACAACACUAUGGGUUCGCUCGUCACCCCAGCGAACGUUCAGCAGAUCCCAGGCUUGAACACGCUAGGAGUCUCACUCUCCCGGAUCGACUAUGCCCCUGGUGGACUCAACCCGCCCCACACCCACCCAAGGGCCACCGAGAUCGUGUUCGUCCUCGAGGGCCAGCUCGAUGUUGGCUUCAUGACCACCGCUAAUGUCCUUGUUUCCAAGACCAUAAAGCAGGGCGAGAUCUUUGUGUUUCCGAAGGGCUUGGUCCACUUCCAGAAGAAUAGCGGGAUGGGCCAGGCUGCAGUGAUUGCUGCAUUCAACAGUCAGUUGCCAGGAACACAGUCAAUUGCCGCUAUGUUGUUCGCUUCAAAACCGAGCGUGGCUGAUGAUGUGUUGGCGAAGGCGUUCCAGAUUGACUAUUACGAGGUCGAGGAGAUCAGGAAGAAGCUCACUCCAAAGUAGAAGUCAUCCAGUGAUGGGGAAGUACUUUCAAUCUGUCUCCGUGUACAGUUUAAAAUUUACCAAUUAAUGUUGAAGUGGAGGAGACAAACAUUUGAAUAUUUCAGGUUCCACGAAUAAGAUGUUGCGGUUAUCAAUCGCCUUUCCUCUGUUUGGUUCCACAUUGUACUUGUAACAAUUCAAAUGGUUCAAUAAAUGUUCGAUGAAUUUGAAUAUAUAUA